CAGGGGACCAGCAGUCCAACACCCCACCCACUCCUACGCUGUCAAGCGGCAGGCCACAGUAUCCGACGCCAGUCACCUGGACCCAAAAUAUGUGAUUUGUAACCUUCUAUCGCCUUAAAGAUGUCCAAAAGUCAGCAUUGUAAGAGGACGCACAGUUAGUGUACGCGCGAGGGACGGUGCGCGCUUCAUCCUGACGUAGCGCCGCUCGCUCCAGCGCUGCUCCGCUGUUGCGCUCAAUACAUCACAAAAUCAAACCAAACGUGGCGAUCGUUCGCCGUGAUUUGACAUCGUGAUCUCCGGGAAUCAAGGAGAUGACAUUUAUUGUCAACAUGUUUUCCUUCCGCCAAGAGAUUCUCUUUAACCUUUUCUUUAACGUUCAUCACUCUCCAAAACCACGGAUUGGCAUUGGUCGUGUGAACUAAAGUUCUCUGAAAACCACCUUCUGCAAAUAUCCAAACAUUCUUUGUCCUCACCCACACCAGGAGAAGAUGGACAGUCCACCUAAGCUAGCCGGGGAGACUCUUAUUGUCCACCACAUUCCGCUGGUUCACUGCCAGGUUUCGAGCUCACGACAGUGCUGUGGUAAUCCGUUGAAAAGGAACAGUAAUCCCUUCAGCUGCCCGGAGAACCUAGGAUUGAUUCGGACAACCUCCCUACCUGAGAGAGACAUUCUUCAGCGGGAGGCAUUGGUGUACAGCAGCCUCAUACAGACGUCGAGCAGCAGCCUUAGCUCUAGUGAUACUUUUGGGGAUGGAGGAAUGAGAGGAGGAGAGAAACGAGGAAGAGGAGGGAGAGAAGGGAGUAUGGCAAGCGACACUUCCUCUUUCACCUCAAGCAAUUCCGAAGAUCAGACUCAAGGCUUGCCAACGAAGACAGGAGAACGGCCAAACUCUAGACGUAACCCCUUUCUGCUCAACACUGAAGAUGAAGAUGAUGAGGAUGAAGACAAUCUGAAUGGAUAUUUGGAAGACUCCUCUUUUCACCUGCAUGGAAAUUUGCAUGAAAUCUCAAAUUCAGUGCUUGCAAAUGAAGACUUGCCCCCUUUCCAUUUACAUGACUUUGGGUUCACCACUGAACCUUUUCUCUUGCAUGGGUCUACAGAAAAACAGUGGUGUUCUACAAAUGGGCCUAGUGGGGAAGCAGAGACCAGAGACCACACAAUAGGUGGGACUUUUGAUUUGUCUACUCACAUGGAGGGCCUAAACUUGCUGAGAUUAGAUAGCCAGCGGCGCCACGGAAGCAGUGGUUCCACUCUUUCAAUGGACUGCGGUGAGCAAGAAUGGGGUGAGGAUGAUGAUUAUGAAGACCAGUCCAUGCAGGGCGGUAGAGGAAGUUCAGAAUGUUCCAGUCUGGCAGCACCACACUGCUCCUGUUGCAACCUUUCUCAGCCAUACCCUGAACCUUUUCAGGAAUCAUUCUCUGAGUGUCACCAGGGCUACGGCAGUGAUUCCUCCUGCAAUAGCUCAGAUGGAGUGCUGGUUAACUUCAGCACGAUUUUCAACAAAAUGAACAAUGUUGUCCCAGCCAAGCCAUUGCUCAAUAUCAAUAGUUCUGGUGAGCAAUCUUGUGCCUCAUCUGUGUCUGGUCUCAUUGGGAUGUGCGGGACAGAAUGUAGCAGUGGACAUGGAGCUUUCUACCUGGACUUACACACGUCCCCGAUUGAACCCCCUCAGCAUCCUUUGGCCACCCAAGAACAUGCAAACUCUUCCUCUGUAUCUCAGCCACAAGGUGCCACUAUUGAAGUAGAUGCCAACUGUAACUCAUACCACAACCUCCUUGGAAGUGAGGGACUGUCCUCUGCUGAAACCUCUGCCAAUGACCUCACCUCGUGUCUUCAAAGCCAAGCUCGCUUGGUUGUAGCAACACAGAAUUACUACAAGCUUGUGACGUGUGACCUUUCUUCCCAGUCCUCUCCCAGUCCGGUGGGAUCAUCGGUCACAAGCUGUUCAGAUGAGCACAGCAAAGGAAGCCCUACUCUGCCAACAGAGUACUACCUAUUUCAACAAAUGAAAGAGGACGAAGACGAGGAAGAUGCAGAACUGAAUGAAGAAAAGGAUCCAACUGAGAUUGACUCUACCCAUGAGAAUAUAAUUGAGGGGCAGGUGUAUAUCAACAUCUCCCCACCUAUGACAGCCUGCAAUUCAGUUGGUGCUUCAGGGAGCAGUCGUCCUCUUUCUCGCAGCUACGAUCGUAUGCUGGACAAGUCUCCAUCUCCUCGCCUUGGAUCCUUGGAGCGCAUGCUCAGCUGCCCUGUUCGGCUAAGUGAGAGUGCAGCUCCAAGCCCACCUCCUCCACCACGUGUCACUUCUUUUGCAGAAAUAGCAAGAAAUAAGAGGAGAACUGGAGGGUCACCAUCACAGAGGGGUGGCAUGGAGGCCACGUCCACACACUCUCACUCUUCUGGAGAGUUCUCGCCCAUCCUGGAAGGCUUUCCGCAGGGUCAGAGCCACAGUUUGCCACCACUCACUCGAUGCCAUAGUCAAGGGAGCUGUGAACAGACUCGAACCAUAGGAGAAGGUGGCCUGUCUAGCUCCACGGACUCCUCUCCAGUUGUAAUUCGCUAUAGCAAAAAUCAACGUCCGACCUCAUUGCCUAUUCAGCCCUUCACUUUCCAGCACCAGUUUGGAAAACCCCAGGCGAAGCCUAUCCUUCCUCUUCUGGACGGAUACAUCAGCCAUAUGCAGGCUCGAGGGGCUGCAGCACCUGAGGGUGGUGAAGAUGAGUCAGAAGAAGACCACAAGUCACCUCACGACAACUCCAAUGCACCUACAACAGUGCGUCCGUCCCCACUGGGCAGUUACUCCCCUGUUCGCCUCCAAUGUGCACCCACCUCUUCUGGAACCUGCUCGACAUGCUCUCCGACCCCGGGUGGUCUGAGGCCGCCACGUUCCCUCUCUUGCCCCAUCUCUGCAGGUCUUCUGCCCCAGCAUACCCCAACUGGAGUGGCCAUACGUACAGAGACUUCUAAAAUCACUCCCUUACCUCCUACACCGCCUCCACCUCCGGUGAUGAAGCAGAAUCCGCUGAUGCCUGCGUUGCCCACUAGAAGUCACUGUUUCCACCGUGGCAAUUUGCCGACGCUUCCCAGCUCUUGUCUCAGUCCUCUUGGACAGUUGGAGCCGGCGCCACAGGAAGAGCCAGUGAAAGUUUUACCGGCGUGCGUGACACAGCGACAGCCUAAUGUGCACCACCUCUCCCCCCAGGCACUCAAAUGGAGAGAGUACAGGCGCAAGAACCCUCUGGGUGUGGAGCGCAGUAAAGACGGCCAUCAUUCUCUCUCUUGUGCUUUGGAAAACAAGACACCUGGAACUCGUGUCAUGCGACGCAAUGUGUUUGAUUUCCCUCCAACCAACCAACCACUCAGCUUCGGCAGACUGAAUGGUGCUGAACCAAUUUCUGUCACCCAAUGGGCGUUUAGGGGAAGGAGCUGGAAAGGGGGCUGGGGUCAGUCAUUGAGGCAACUGCCCCAGUGCUACAGCGACUUUCUGCCUGAUUAUUUCUCUCAGACAGAGCGCCCCCCAGAGGAAUUCUGCUUAUCUCCUGAUGCUAAUACUGACGAAUCCAUUUCUAUAGACCUGUUGCAGAAGAGAGGUUUGGUGAAGGCCAUAAACACAGCAGUGGAUCUGAUAGUUGCUCAUUUUGGUACCAGUAGGGAUGCAGGAGUUAAGGCCAAAUUGGGUAAUAGCUCUGUUAGUCCAAACGUGGGUCAUCUUAUUCUAAAGUACCUGUGUCCUGCCAUUCGUGAGAUACUGCAUGAUGGGCUGAAAGCGUAUAUACUGGACCUGAUCAUUGGACAACGCAAAAACCAGCCCUGGAGUGUGGUCGAGGCCUCUACACAACUCGGUCCCUCUACAAGAGUUUUGCACAGUCUAUUUUCUAAAGUCAGUCAGUAUUCUGAGCUGACCAAUCACAGUAUGAGACUCAAUGCCUUCAUCUUUGGCCUGCUAAACUUGCGAUCUUUGGAAUUCUGGUUCAAUCACAUUUAUACACAUGAAGACAUCAUAGCAGCACACUACCACCCAUGGGGUUUCCUACCCCUGUCUCAAGGGGCGUGCCAGCCACUGUUCGAAGAGUUGCUGCUCCUGCUUCAGCCGUUGUCACUGUUGCCCUUUGACCUUGACCUGCUAUUUGAGCCACACCAGCUACAGAAAGGGGAAGAACACCUGAGACGCAAAGAACAGCUGUGCUCUGCACGCCAAGGCCUCGACCAAUCAGAUCGCUCCACCUUCCAGCUAAUGCGUGGCUGUGGAAUGUUGGAGUCUGGUGCACAGGAAAUGGGAAUACUGCCUCAGAGAGAAAAAUUCAUGCUGAGAGAUGAGGACAGCCGGCUUAGGACGGAGGGAGUGAUAUUAAAAAUGAAACGAGAUGGGCGGAAGAGUGAAGGAGAGCGUGAAUCACGGGAUAAGGAGGCUGGAGUUGGCAAAGAGUGUUUGAGGAAGAGUGACGCAGGGCUGAUAGAGGGUGGUGGGUGGUGUGCUGGCAGGAUGAAGGGAGUUGGAGAAGAUUGUGAGAAGGAGAAAAGGAGAGAAGGAGAUGGAGCCAAACAGAGAAACCGACAAGCUGGCUGGUGGUAUCAGCUGAUGCAAAGUUCACAGGUUUACAUCGACAACUCUGCCGAGGGCUCGAAAUUCGUGAAGUUGGAAAAGAGGAGGAAAGGUGGCAUUGAAAGUCACCGGCAAAGCCAUCCACCUACUAGAGAAGGUGUGGUUGAGGGGGCUGAAGCCAUUCAACAGAUGGAUGAACAGGUGGAACAUGGUCGGACCAGCAGUAGCAAUAAUAAUAGUGCUGGCAAUGGGGUCCUCCACCAAUCAGCAUUGUCAGAACCCACCAAAGCUGCAAAGGGGAAGCCAUCGUGGAUGGGAAGUCCACCGGAAUCAGUGCUCACUGAGCUGAAGAAGAGCAAGGAGAAGCAGCUAGAAUGCCAGGAUGCCUAUGAAGGGGUUCAGGCCCAAGCAGGAGCAGGGGAGGAUGGGUCGGCACAGGUGCUCCGUUGGGGGCGGCUGUUUGGAGCUGGAAACGCAAGCAAGAUCGAGAAAAGUGAGCAGAAAUCAGUCAGGAAACAAAGAUUGCCAUCUGGUUGGUUGAGUCUUGACCGUUCUGUUUUGGAUUUGGUGGCUCAGUCUGUUGGAGUGGGGAAAAAAGCAGAGCAACAAUCGCUCACGUUUCAAAGCCAAGAAUCCCACCUUGGCCCAACUAAACAAGCACAAACACAGAAUCCCCCAACACAGAGACAAGCCCUUCGUGAAGUGAAGGCGUUAUGCCAUCAUAUUGCCACAGAGCCAGGCCAGCUCAGUUUCCACAAAGGUGACGUGCUGCAGGUGCUCAGCAGGGCAGACUCUGAUUGGCUGCUGUGUGCUCUGGGCGACACACAGGGCCUUGUUCCCAUCAUAUACGUCACCCUGAUUGAGGACAGUCAGGAGCGCUGAAACUCAGGCUCUGAAAGAGACGGGUGCGAGAUGAGAUGCGAUUGGGGACAAAGAGGAGGGUCACUGCUUUUCUGAAUAUAAAAGCUGCUGCACAA